UCUAACCAGCUCAGAAAAUUUAAACGAAUCAACAGUAAACUUUUUGGGAGGAGUUAAAUUCCGCUAGCUUUGCUUGUCUAGUUGUCUGGCUUGCUCGACAAAUACCCCCCCACAUGAUUUUAGGUUAUCACAGCUGCAGAUACUUGCCCUCAUAAUGUGGCUUUCCCGUGUUUAGUGAGUGUCCCUGAGACUUUGAGGGAGUUCAACGAAGCUCUUAACCACCUCCCUUUCCCUUUCUUGCUUGUUGGUUUUUCUUUCUUGUCCGUGCCACAUUGUGGGUGGAAUGGACAGCCUGGAAGUGAAUUCCGGUAGUUUUUCUUAGUUUUCUUGGUUGGUUCUGAGAUGGGUUUUGCUCGGUUCUCAAUUUCGAGAUCUGACAUAUGAGGGUUUCUUGAAAAAUUUGUGGUUUUCUGGGAUUGGGUUGUGCAUUUUUCUCAGCUUUUGAGGUUCAAAAACCACCUUGGAUAGAGGGAAUGGCUCCAAGACUGGACUUCUCUAACUGGUGGGCAAAAGAUACCCGCAAGGGAACUCCGGUCGUAGUCACAAUGGAGAACCCCAACUUCUCGGUUGUGGAGAUUGAUGGCCCCGACGCUGCGUUCCGGCCCGUGGAGAAAAGCCGGGGUAAGAAUGCCAAGCAGGUCACGUGGGUCUUGCUUCUCAAGGCCAACCGCGCUGUCGGUUGCGUCGCUUGGCUCGCCACGGCCCUCUGGUCAUUGCUCGGAGCCAUCAAGAAGAGACUGAUCCAUAGGCAAGGAGUAACCAUGGCGAGUGAGAAGUUGGGAAAGGGGAAACUGCUUUUCAGAAUCAUAAGAGCGUUCUUAGUCACUGCCUUGGCCAUCCUGUCCUUUGAGGUGGUUGCCUAUUUGCAAGGGUGGCAUUAUUUUAAGAAUCCCAGUUUGCACAUCCCGCAGACUUCUGAUUUGCAAGGCUUCUUUCACGUGGCUUAUGUUGCUUGGUUGACAUUCCGGGCCGAUUACAUUGCGCCUCCAAUUCAAGCACUUUCUAAAUUCUGUGUUGUUCUGUUCCUUAUCCAAUCUGCGGACCGUAUGAUACUUUGCUUAGGUUGCUUGUGGAUAAAAUACAAGAAGAUUAAGCCGACGAUUGCGGGUGAUCCCUUCAAACCGGAUGAUGUGGAGGGAUCGGGCAAUGAGCAUCCCAUGGUUCUUGUUCAAAUUCCAAUGUGUAAUGAGAGGGAGGUAUAUGAGCAAUCUAUCUCCGCUGUGUGCCAACUUGAUUGGCCAAAGGACCGUUUACUGAUUCAAGUUCUUGAUGAUUCCGAUGAUGAGAGUAUUCAAUUCUUAAUUAAGGCAGAGGUUGCUAAGUGGAGCCAAAAGGGCAUUAACAUAAUCUAUCGGCAUCGCUUGGUUAGAACUGGUUACAAAGCGGGGAAUCUCAAGUCUGCAAUGAGCUGUGAUUAUGUUAAGAUUUAUGAGUUUGUUGCCAUUUUUGAUGCAGAUUUCCAACCUAAUCCUGAAUUUCUAAAGCAAACUGUGCCCCAUUUCAAGGACAAUCCUGAACUAGGUUUAGUUCAGGCUAGAUGGGCUUUUGUGAACAAGGAUGAAAACUUGUUGACUCGUCUCCAAAACAUUAAUCUGUGUUUCCACUUUGAGGUGGAACAGCAAGUUAAUGGGGUGUUCAUUAAUUUCUUUGGUUUCAAUGGAACUGCCGGUGUUUGGAGAAUUAAAGCCUUGGAGGAGUCUGGAGGCUGGCUUGAACGGACAACUGUAGAGGAUAUGGACAUAGCCGUCCGAGCCCAUCUCAAUGGUUGGAAGUUCAUCUUCCUUGAUGACGUAAAGGUCCUUUGUGAAGUUCCGGAGUCAUAUGAAGCUUACAGGAAGCAGCAGCAUCGCUGGCAUUCUGGUCCGAUGCAACUUUUUAGAUUGUGUCUUCCUGCAAUUAUAACAGCUAAGAUAUCAGCAUGUAAGAAAGCAAACUUGAUACUGUUGUUCUUUCUGUUGAGGAAACUUAUCCUUCCCUUCUACUCCUUCACAUUGUUCUGCGUAAUUCUUCCUCUAACCAUGUUUGUCCCCGAGGCUGAGCUCCCUGUAUGGGUCAUUUGUUAUGUGCCUGUUUUUAUGUCCCUCCUCAACAUUCUUCCAGCCCCCAAAUCCUUCCCCUUCAUUGUUCCUUACCUCCUAUUUGAGAAUACCAUGUCUGUUACAAAAUUCAAUGCAAUGGUAUCUGGAUUGUUCCAGUUGGGUAGCUCUUACGAGUGGAUUGUCACCAAGAAGGCUGGCAGAGCAUCAGAAUCCGAUUUACUGGCUGCUGCUGAAAGGGAAUCUAAAACAAUGAACCAACCACAAAUCUACCGAGGAGCAUCUGAGAGUGAGCUUUCUGAAUUGAACCAAAUUAAGGAACAGAAAGAAGCAGCCCGUGUUCCUGUUAAGAAAAUGAAUAAAAUAUAUAGGAAGGAGCUUGCUCUGGCAUUCCUUUUGCUCACAGCUUCUGUCAGGAGCCUGUUAUCUGCACAAGGAGUCCACUUCUACUUCCUACUUUUCCAAGGGUUGACCUUCCUUCUUGUGGGCCUUGAUCUAAUUGGGGAGCAGAUGAGCUAAUAACAAAGGGGGUCAGGAGAAAGGAGAAGGAGAAAAAAAAACAAAAGCCACUCUUCUGCUUAUAUUCAGUAAUGUUCAUCUCAACGGCAGUGAUCUGUGUGCGCAGUGCUUGCGAGGAAGUUCAAUUCUUUUUGCCUUGGGAGAUUGCAGUGAAGGGGUAACCCUCCCAUUCAAUAAAAUGAAUUUCUUGUGUUCCUCAUCUGAUUUAAGUAUCUUAUAGGAUUUCUCUGUUUACUAUCACUCUCCGAAUGACAUUCAUACUUCGCAUUUUUUCCAUUUCCAUAGGACAUUGGUCAUAUUGUAAUUCUCCAUAGGUAUUGUAUUAUCGUUUGCUACAGAUAGAAAUAGAAUACUCUAUGUUCUUUAUUGUACUACAGUUUACAUUCUGGUAUAUUUAAAUGUAACAAAUAAUAUCUCCCCA